UUUUAAUUUGGCAACAGAAACUUUGACAGAUGGUUUCUUUGUUUUUUUUUGUUGUCGUAUUCCUGUCCUAUUUUUAUUGUAUUUAAUAUUAAUAUCAUAACAAACAACGUGACCAGUUUAGUAUUUGCCGCAAUUCCUUCACAGAGAUGGAGAGAAUGGCUGACUUUUCGGACGAUGAUUCUUCGGAAUUCUUCCCAGAAUCAAGUGCUGUAAACACUCUAAAUUCUGCUGCAUUAGGCAAUGGCACCUUAUCAUCAUCUGGCAUAUCAUCAACGGUUUCUAGUAGUUUUGCUAAUUCUGCAUUUUCAAGUAUUCAUGGAAACAGUUAUGUCCAACUUUCAUCACCAUCACCAAAUCCCCCAUCUCCGCAAUAUCCUGCAAACCAUCCCUUGAGCGGUUCCAAGCAUUUAUGUUCUAUUUGUGGAGACAGAGCUUCUGGAAAGCAUUAUGGUGUCUACAGUUGUGAAGGGUGCAAAGGCUUUUUUAAGAGGACAGUCCGGAAAGAUUUGACCUAUGCUUGCAGGGAAGACCGUAACUGUAUCAUCGAUAAAAGGCAACGUAACCGCUGUCAAUACUGCAGAUAUCAGAAAUGUUUAGCCAUGGGAAUGAAACGUGAAGCUGUGCAAGAAGAGCGUCAGAGAAAUAAGGAAAGGAGUGAAAAUGAAGUAGAAAGCACCAGUAACAUUCAGCCUGAUAUUAGUAUUGAACGAUUGUUGGAAGCUGAUUUGUGGAUGGAACCUAAAAAAGAGCAGGACUCUUCAAGCCUUUGCCAGGCUGCAGAUCAACAGAUGUUCCAGCUUGUUGAUUGGGCGAAGCAUAUACCACAUUUUAACAGCCUACCCCUUGAUGAUAAGAUUGUACUAUUGAAAGCUGGAUGGAAUGAGCUCCUUAUUGCCUCUUUUUGUCAUAAAUCUGUUAAUGUAAAGGAUGGAAUAGUUUUAGCUUCUGGCCACAUCGUUCAACGUAAUGCUGCUCAUAGUGCUGGUGUUGGUAGCACCUUUGACAGACUUCUCACUGAACUAGUGAUGAAAAUGAGAGAAAUGAAAAUGGACAAAGCAGAACUUGCUUGCCUAAAAGCCAUCAUUCUUUACAAUCCAGAAGCAAAGAACUUGAAAUCAACAAAUGAAGUCAAUAACUUACGUGACAAAGUUUACACUGCACUGGAUGAUUAUUGCCGCAUAAACCAUCCACAACAACCUUCUAGAUUCUCAAAACUACUUUUACGACUGCCAGCCUUGCGUAGUAUAGGUCUGAAGUGCCUUGAACACUUGUUUUUCUACAAGCUUAUUGGGAAACAACCAAUUGAUAAUUUUCUUAUCAGUAUGCUUGAAGCUCCAUGUGAAGCUUGAUUUUCUCUUUUUAUUUACGAAGAUGUACUUUUUUUUUUAGAUAAAAAGAUUGAAAUAAAGUUGGUAAUUUGGUAUUUUUAAAUUAGGGUUUCAUGAGAUAUUUGUAAAUCUUUCAUAAAUAGAUUUUAUUCAUUUAUGUCAAUAUAAUGUAACUUGGUGCGAAGAAUAAUGUUUCAAUGUUUAUUACUACUUUUUUAUGAUGUACACAAUUUUAUUGAAGCUACGGUUUACUAUUAUAUAUUGCUCUAUCUGUAUUUGUAAUCUAAAUGACUGUUGGUUAAGAACAAAGAAAUGUUUUCUCUACUUUUUUAAUUCUAUCUCAUUGUUAUAAAAUUUUCAUGCCCUUGAAUCCUUUUAAAAAUACAAGGGGUGAUCAAAUGUAAAGGUACGAAACGACACGUGGGGUACAAAUGUAGACUUUAUUCAAAAUAUGCACCAUAGGCCUGAAUGCAACGACCCCACUGCUGAACAAACAGCAGGAUUCCUUGUUCCCAGAAUUCCUGUGGCCGUGACGAGACCCAGUCCUUCACAGCGACCUUGAGUACGUCGUCCGAGUUGAAGCGCUUCCCUUUCAGGUGUUUCUUACGUCGCCCAAACACAUGGAAAGCGCAAGGCGAUAUGUCCGGACUGUAGGGCGGAUGGUCCAACGUCUCCCACUUGAACUUGGCCAGUUCUAUGUGUGUGACUCUGGAGGCGUGUGGACGCGCGUUACCAUAGAGCAGAACCACACCCUUCGUGAGCAGCCCCGGUCUUUUGUUCUUGAUGGACUUGCGUAGGCGUCGGAAUGUCUCACAGUACACAUUGGAGUUAAUGGUUUUCCUGUGCUCGAGGAAUUCCAUAAGUAGCGGACCUUGAACGUCGAUAAAGAUGGUGAGCAACAUCCUGUCCUCGUACGAACUGCCGCAUAGUUUGUAUGCCGCUUUUGAUAAGAGCCGCUGCUCUUUCCUGCGCAUGCGGGCGCCCACGCAUGCUCCGAUCCCAGUCAGGGACUCCAAUCGCAUCCCGAGAUGUCUCGCUAAAUUCUCCCAUGGCGGAAUAUGCAAAUAUUUAACUGUUACGUUUUUACGUCGUUUCGUACCUUUUCAUUUGAUCACUCCUUGUAAGUGAUUGUUUAUAAUUAAGAAAUAUAAAUUGUUGACUGAUUAAAAAAUGUCUUCAAAAUGUUAUUCUGCCUCAGAAAGUCAAAGUUAAGAUUUAUUGAAUUUAGAAAAUAAUAUAAAUAAAAGCAGAUUUAAAAAAUUUCAAAAUCUUGUUAUUUUUAUCAUAAUGUUGUAGAUUUUUGUUAAUGGAUAGAUUGUAACAAAGCAGAUGGAUUCCUUUAUAUGACUAAAUUCUCAUAUUACUACAUUUAAGGAAAAGACUAUUUGAGUAGUCUUUAUAUUCACUCACUGUUUGAUUCUGUUGGAGUAUUCACACAAUGUCUGCAUUCUGUUCUAUAGUAGAUGAUUGUCAGUCACUGUAGUUCAACAAUUUAAAGUUACUAAAUGAAAGUAUUAGAAUUGUUCUGUUUUUAAAGUCGAGAAAUCUUUUAUUUCCAUACAUGAAUUUUUUAUGUUCUUAAGAAUUGAAACUGAUUAUAAAAAAUUUCAUGAAAUAUGUGAUAUACAAUAAUUUGUUUAAUUCGCUGUGAUUUAAAAAUUUUUAUUGUUGUAAAUUAAACCGGUGAUUAUGUUAUAAAAGCUAAUUGACUUGUGGUUUAUGCUGACCGUCAUCAACUCUCCAAAGCUUAAUCAUAAAUGUGCUGUAUCAGUACAAAACACAUUAUGAGAAAACGUAUCUGCAUAGUUUUAUACAACAGGAUGUAGGAAAGUGACAUGAUAAAGGAAGUUCGUUGAGAUAAUCUUUAGGUGAUUUAUGCAUUCAAAAUUUGGUGUUUAGUUUGUUCAAGUUGAUGGUGAGCUGCCUGAGGGCAAACAGGGUUUCUGAAUGCUUAUACUUCUUUAAGAAUCCAACCUAUAUUGUUAGUGAGUAAUAAUAUUAGGGAAAAUAAUUCAGAUUUUUCUUUUUGAGAAUGUUUAUUUCCAGAUAUUCUAUCUUUUUAAUGAAUUCUAUUUGCUUUCUUAGUUUAUUAUGAAAAGAGUGUGCUCCAGAAUUUAGAAAUUUGUUUGUUUUUAAGUUAAUGAAUCUCACCAACAGUUAUUUUUUUUAUAUACAAAUAUAAAUAAUAGAAUAGUUUAUAAUAUUUCACAUUUAACUCGAGAUUCAUCCAAUUUGAUAGUGAUAGAGUUUUUGUUAGAUACAUGGUAAAUCUUUCACUGCCAAAGUAAGAUUGUUACUUAAGCUUUAUAUGUGUGCACUAAAUGGCAUUAUUGAUAUUUUAUUUUCAGAUAGCAUUUUUAGUCUUUAGUUUCUUUGCCACUGAUACAUCGUAGGCUAGACUUUUAAUAUUUGUGUGAUGUCUUUUUUUAAAAUAAUAUUUUAUUCUACAAUAGCUUAAUUCUCUAAUGCAAGAGUUAGGUUUUUAAUACAUGAGUAAAUGUCGUUUAUUGAAAGGGUACGAAUACAAAACUCACACUUUUCACUUUCAUAAAAUUUAAGAAAAUUUCAUAACACACUUUCACUUAGUAUAUUUGCAUCAUCUCAUUUUGUGUAUUAAAAACCAUUUUCGCUUCAAAGAUUUUUGUAGUUGAUAGCUUUAUAGGUUGCUGUUGUAUUAAUAUGCUUAACUCAAUUUCUAAAGCAAAAAAAAAAUGUGAUUGUUUUGCUUCGACAUAAACUCUUCAUUUUUUACACUAAAAAUGUGUUGUAUUUUUAAUCUUUAUUUAUGUUCACUUCAAUGUGCAUCUUAAUUUUGUUUUUGUAGAAAUAUGUUGGUCUAAUUUAAAAAAUAAAAUUAUUUUGUAAUAUUUUUUUCUUGCCAUACCUAUUUAUUUUAUAAGGUAAGUAAUUUUCUCAAGUAAGAGAUUUGUACGGACUAAAUGGCAAUAUACAUUUUAAUUUUCUCUGUUCAGAAAAUAUUGUUUAUACUAUUGCCAUCAUAUUUAAUCAGCAUUUACAAAUAAAUAUGACUGUUUUUGGUAUACUGAUUGCUUAUAAAUGUUGUUCAUGAACCCAAGAUAUUCCUCCGGACAUGUAUUUAUUUUUUCUGUCUUGGUCAUGUGAUAAUGUUGAACAUAACAAAAAAUUUCUAAUGAGCUACUUGUUAGAGGAAAUCUGCGAAUCACUAAAAAUAAAAAAAUAUUAAAAAAAGAUUUAUUAAAUUGAUUAGCUUCUUUUUUUUUUAUAAAAAAAAAUAUAUUUUUUAAAAAUUUUUUUAUUAAGUUAUCAAGAGCAAAUAAUUGAUUUCCAGAUUUAUAACUUUCCUUGUUUUCAAGUUUUCUGUCUACAUAUAUUUUUUAAAUUAAACUUUGCAUUUUGAAAUAUUGAAUAACAUGUAUGUUAAUUUAAUUAAUGAUAAAGUUUAAUACAAAAGUUUUACUUUCAUUUAAAAUUGAGAUAGUUUUUUUUAUCAGCCUAUUAAUUUUUUAAUUUACUUUUUAUCUCUCAUUUUAAUGCUGGGAAAUUGCAAGUAAAGGUUAUAAAUGUUAUCUGUGAAAUAUUAUUCAGCACUCUGAAACUAUCUGUUUUUAAUUUUAAGUUAAUAAUUAAGUACUUAAUUAAUAAUUAAGUUAAGUACUUAAUAAUUAAUUUUAUCAUUAUUCUGAGACAACUCAUUUUGCAGUGUAUGAACGUUUUUUGAAUUACAUAAUUUUUUUAAAUAUCCCUUUAUAAUAAUAUAUAUGAAAAUAUAGAGAAAUCAUUUAUUUCAGAGAAUUCCUUUUAAUUUUUUUUAUUUAAACAAUUUUAUUGAGUGUCUAUGCACAUGUACUGAUAAGCACAUGAAAAUGCUGUUACUUUUUUUAUUAUUUUGGUGAAGGGGUUAAAUUAUUUUGAUUUAUGUCCUGUUAAAUGCCUGUGUUUUGUGUAACUAUAUUUUGCAUGAUUUAAGAACAAUUCUAGUUCAAAUAGACUAUAACAUAGUAUGGAAAAUUUAUAGCAUAGUAUUAAAGGAAUUAAAAAGUCUUAUUUCAUUAAAUGUUGUAAAUUCUUUAAAGGUUUAAAUGUAAAUUUUUAUUUGUGUUUUACUUUUAAUAUUUAUAGCAUUUGUGGACUUCUUGUAAUCUGAUCUGAUAUUUGUUCAUAACAUGAAUAUUUGUUGUAAAAAAAUAAAUAUUUAAUUUUUUUGAAAUAGUACAUUUAUAUCAUAUUUACUUCUUUUUUAAUUGUUUUUACAUUUUUUUCCCUUUUGUAUAGUUUUUCUUAUUAGAGUUUAUCAUAUUCGACUAUCAUUUUUCUGGAUAGGCUAGAACUGAAUGUGAACAAAAAAAUAAAAAAACUAUUAAAAUUUAUUGAAUAGUGAAAGUGUGUUUUAACUUAAGAUUUUACCCUCAUAUAUUUGGGUUAACAUUUAGACACCUUCAAAUCGAAUCUUUAUAUGUAAAAAAGAGUUUAAACUGACAUUUUUAAGUUUUGAAAUCAACUUUGAAAAUGAAACCUAUUCUUUCUUAGUAUUAGGUUUUCAUGGUAGCUUCUGAUAAACUGGUUCAAUGGUUUUUCAUUGAAUAUAUGUACUGAAUAAACCAAAUUUAUGAAAAAUUGUCUUCUACCAUAUUUUCUCCUUUUUUUGUUACUGUCUUGAUCAGAAUUUCUUAGAUGAAAAUUCUUUUUUGAACAACAAUAAUGAUUUUUAUUUAAAAUGUUUGUGUCAAGUUAUUUAAUUCUAUUAUUUUCAAGAAUCAUUAGUUUUUGAAAAGUUUUAUUGUCUUAAAAUUUCAUUCAAAAAAGUUUUGGAUAUCCAAAUAUUAACUAUUAUUGCUAUUCCCUUAUAAACGUGAUAAAUUAGUUCAAAAUAUAGCAUUUGAAGCUUAACUAGAUGAUGAUAUCUCAUUGUGUUUUCAGCUAACAUGUUGUGUUUAACAUCAGUUAUUUGUUUAAAGCUGAAACCACUGCCAUUUUUUACUAUAUUUAGUAUAUCUAUUUUGGUUUCCGUGUCUGUAUUAAAUAUUUUUCUCUGUAAUCUCUUAUUAUUUAUCAUGUCACAAAGUGUUUAGAUUUUUUUUUUGUCAUUAUUCUGUAUGGUUUUAAAUAAAAAUUUUGUCCUAUUUGA